AUGCCUCCCGAUGACCCAUUCUCGUUUCUGCCCGAGCAGCCUCGGCCCCAGCCUCAGUCCAAGUCCACAAAGUCGCUAUGGAGGGAGAAAUUGUUCUCCAAGUCCAAGAACAAGGGUGCGUCGCAUCAGGAGAUCGCAGACUUCCUAGGCUCGGCUAGGGGAGCGCCUGCACCAGAACCGGCUCCAGUUCCAGCACCGCCAACGAUUAACCCGCGAUACCAUGCGCCAAAUGAGGCUCGCGCUUCUCCGUCUAAUGAUGUCUCCGUCCCUGCGAAGCCAGCCCCACCCCCUCCUCGUGACAACUAUGCCGCCUUUGACUUCUCACAACAGUCGACGCAACAACAACAACUACCACCGCCAACAAAGCCCCGAAAAGGCAAGGGACUCCGGGUGGAAUUCUCAAAUAAAACUCCAGCCGUAAUCGGGGAAGGGGGCGAUGAGUCGGAGACUCCCACAAUUGAGAUCUCACGUGCGCGCCAGAGAUCACUCAGCAGCAGUGCGCUGUGUGGAAAUGAGCCCGAGACCGAACCCGAACCCUCAGAAUCACGAUCCAAUUUGCCCGCGCUUCGAGUGGACACAUCGCUGGGCGAUGGCAGCGCGCGACCUCGGCGAACGGCCACGAGGCGGGACCCCCGUGGGGACCCCAGCUGGAAGCCACCCCUCAUGCAUAACGUCCAGGAUGCUGAUUUCUUAGCCACACUGCCUUCGAGUGCAAACGGCUCGCGGUUAUCAUUCCGGGGCGAUUCCGAGGAAGCUUCGUUUGCGCAACGCGUUCGCGACAAGAUGUCGGAGGAGGAAGGCCGUGCAUUGCACCGUGCGUAUGAUGAUGAUACGCCUUCUCCUGGGGCAGAUUAUGAAGACCUACCCACUCCUCCUAGUCCUCCCAGUCCAGAACCGCCGCUGAAGGAGGAUCAUGUGUCGGAAUCUGGUUAUGAUCCAGCCCCAUUGUCGGUUACAUCGUCUGCGCCGUCGGUCUCUCUAUCGAUGCAGUCAAUUGUACACUCCAUUCGCAAUCCUCCAAGCCCUGUCGCCUAUCGCAAACCAGAAAGUCUCAGUCCUGUUGAUUCUCGCAUGCCCCCGAGUCUUACACCAGGUAGCCCCGGCAAGGUUUCGCCAACACGCGCUAACCCACCACCCCCGGAAUUGCCUCCCUCAAACCCCGCGUCACCUCCCAGUCGCGAAGAACAAGAACCACCGCGCAAUCCCCAACAGCCCAAGUUCUCUUUGCGCAAUGUCGCCAAUCAGGUCAAUGAAACCGCAUUUGCUGAAUUCAAAGAGUAUAAUGCGAGAUAUGAAAGUCUUAUUCAAUUGGCAGCGGAGAGUGUCAAGCCGCUAGUCGAAACAUCUCUAACAGAAUGGGUCCGGGCUGCGAUUUGGUGGUUCUUGCGAGGAAAGACACGAUUGGAAGCGUAUGCUCGCUCCCGUUCAACGGCGCCGCCCAGUCUUGCUCGACAAGCCGUGAUCGAUCUCGGAAAGGCAUUAUGGAUUAAUGAACACAUCGUUCCCAGUCACAGUGAACUAGCUAAAUACGGGCCUAUGAGCGUUGACGCUCUACUUGCAGUCACAAGCACUACUGGCGACAAAGUUCUGGCCGAUCUUCUCAGUUUACACCAAGUUCUUUCUAACCACCUUCGGUCGCUUUCCAUGUCUAUCAAGCGAAACAACAUCCUUGCAGCGGUUGUUUCAGACGAUGGGUCUCCUACUCAAUUGGACACCACUAUCUGGUUACGAUAUCCUUUCUACGCUCCUGAUGUCUCUGCAGUUUUGUCUGGCGCAGCAACAAGAUCGAUGUUGGCAGACAGUGCCAGCAAGACGCCAAGCCUGGUUCAUAUGAUGCCUCUCAGCGACACAAGCCGUUACUUCAGCUACGGUAAUCUGUUUGUGCAAGUCUGCGUAAGCUCCAAUGACGACGAUGGGCAACAGCAAUAUGCGAUGCCCUGUGUAUUGACCAUCGUUCGCGAACGCGCAGACUGGUACGUUUGCGCGGCGAUCACUAGUCAAAGUCAGCUUGUCAACAUCCUGAUUCAAUCUGAUCGCAAGCAAGGACCCACAUGGGAGGAUGUGGACUGGCAAGUCCGGUCCAAUUCUAUGAGUGUCAAACUUCCUCGAGGAUUCGAGUUGGAUGUUAUGUUCAAAGAAGAAGAUUUCAAAGCACUGUGGAACAUUGUUAAAUAUACCCAAAAGUCGGAAGCCAGUCUACAUCCCGAGGCUGGUGAGACUGUUGUCUUUGAGAAUACUGUCAAGAUGUUCCAGUACAUGGACCCGGGUACUCCCCGGGCAUUCCCUCCUGAUCCCUUCGAAAGGUGUCGGGUCCGUCUGUUUGAGCGGUCUGUGACUGUGACAGAAGGCACUGGGACUCGCAAUGCGCACCGGGGCUUCCGUCUUGUUGUCUUGACUAGUCCCAAGGUGAAGACUUUGAGCAGCAUUCGUCAUAUCCUGGGUCACGGCUCCCCAAUCGUGUUUGGUCUUUUGCGUGGAGAGGACGGUGCGCCUGCUCUUCUUCUGAAGGUCACUGAAGAUGGCCGCCAGAGAUCCAUGUUGAUGACUUUCCACGAGGUGGAGGAGCGUACCAGUAUUCACUCUGUUCUACUCGGCAUGGUUCCGACGGAAACCGAGCUUAAAUCACCCGACAUACCUAUCUCCUCUUACUGCAUUGAGCAACCAGCAGACCCUGUCACUGGCCAGCCUCCCGUGAAAUAUGUGCAAUUCCCCGCUGGGAGUGUGUCGGUCAUUGAUCAAGAACAUGAAUACGUUGAGCACGGUUAUGGACCUACAAUUCUAUCGGAACAUUUGAGGGCUUUCGUCGCUACCGAAUGGGGCUCUGUUACAGACCGUAUCAACUUAGGUCCUGGUGAAUUGAAGAUCGGCCUGGAUGUUAAUCGUCAGAAUAGCAUGAGCUUAUUCCGCUCAGCGCAGCAGGACUUGACUCUCUCGCUCGCGGAUAAUCUGAUCCGCCCUGAGAUGUCAGCGCAAUUAACGAGCUUCUUGGAGAAGAUUACUGUGAAGCCGAUGGUUCGCCGAUUUGAGUUCCCCACGAUGCAAGAUCUUCAUGCAUUUGAGCAAGCUGUCACUGGCUUCCAGGUUCUCUACGAUGGAAUGGCAACAUCCUUUACCAUUUCCCGCCGGCGAAUGGUCGUUCCCAUUUACAAGAAGUGGGAAGCACCCCUGGCUCGAAUCCAGAUUAUUCGACAAGAGAAAGUCGUUCAAUUGCUUGUCUUCUUCGCUGAUUUCCAACACGGCAGCUGCAUGAACUUUGUUCUGAAAGGCACUGAUCUCAUGGAGUCGUUCACCCGGUCUGGCAAAUUUGGCAUUCGCCUUGUAGAUGCCAAAUUCGCACUUCCUAGGAAGGACGAGGAUCCCUCUUCCAACUUUGUCUGUCUGGACAUGCCCGAGUAUCCUAUCGAACACGACGAUCUUGCCAUUUCGUUCGAUACAGACGCUGCCCGCGCCUCCUUCCGAGCUGCUCUGCCAGGAUCAGUGCGAGAGCCCUCCCGCAUGGGCUCCAUCCGCCGUUAA